AUGGAUUUAUUCGUAUCUCUCUGUUGGCUGCAAAGUCAGUUUCUAUAUAUCAUAAAGGUUGCCCCAUUUACAUCUUCCGACGAUGUGGCAGUGGUCACUGCCAUAGCGAUGUGCAGCGCUGGGUACCUCCUACACGGUGUAUUAUGGGGCAAACCAAACCCCUAUGAGUAUAAAUUGUACGAACGACAUCAGGAAAAACUCGGUUUCAAGGCUGCUGGAAGGGCGACGAGGAAUAUAGCAGAAAAGCUCAAGCAAACAAACAAAGAUGUCGUGGUAUUUUGGGGGUCGCAGUCCGGUACGGCUGAGGGCUUUGCAAAUCGACUGGUCAGAGAUCUCCAGCGUCGGUUCGGCAUUCAAACAAUGGCAGCAGAUCUGUCGGACUUUGACCCAGAGUCAAUUUCCUUGAUUCCAUCCACAAAACUGGCCAUAUUUAUAGUUUCGACAUAUGGGGAAGGAGAUCCAAGCGACAAUACGGCCGAAUUCUGGAACUAUUUGCAUCAAAAGCCCAACAUCAAGUUAUCCAAUCUGAAGUAUACGGCAUUUGGUCUAGGAAACAGUAACUACAAAUACUAUAAUCGAGUGGUUGAGGUUCUUACAUCUGCACUGGAUCAUUUUGGUGCAAAGCCUCUGCUUCCUGCUGGGCGCGCGGACGAUUCUAAUGGAACAACUGAAGAGGAUUUCCUUGCAUGGAAAGAAGCACUGUUUUUUACGAUUAAAGGAGAGUUCAACGUCGACGAAAAGAGUCCAGAUUAUGAGCCCACUUUGUCCGUUGUGGAAGAUGAAUCGCUGUCACUGAUUGAUCUCAAUGUCGGCGAGCCCGUGCGAAAGCUACGAGGGAAAAAAUCAAUGGUGGCGUGCUCACCAAUUUACCCAUUACCGUUAAAAUCUUGCCGGGAACUCUCAUCUUCGUCUGACCGAACAUUUAUCCACCUGGAAUUUGAUGUGUCUCAGUACCCCGAAGUGAGGUAUAAAACUGGUGAUCAUAUUGCUAUCUGGCCGAUCAAUCCAGAUAGUGAAGUGGAUCGUCUCAUGAUUAUUCUGGGUCUUGAGAAGAAAAGAGACACUCCUAUUUCGAUCAACGCUUUGGACUCUACUACGAAAGUCAAAGUUCCCACACCAACUACUAUUCAUACAGUUUUUCAGUAUUACCUCGAAAUUUGCAGUCCAGUAUCGAGAGAAACUAUUCAGUCACUGGUACUAUUUGCACCUACAGCAUCAGCGAAAAAGCUGCUGUCAACUCUCGGAAGGGACAAACAUAUGUAUGAGAAAUUUCUUCUUAAUAACCAUGUAAACUUGGGCAGGCUACUUGAAUAUUCCGUUCAGGGUAGUAAAGAAAAAUGGAAAGAUAUUCCCAUUUCUCUUAUUUUGGAAAGUUUACCGGCCAUGCAACCACGCUAUUAUUCCAUUUCAUCUUCAUCCAUUGUCCAGCCACGCCAGGUGGCAUUGACAACUGUUGUGUCCGAUUCAUAUAUAAAUACAGAUCGCGGGAUAGAAAGAAUCCACGGUCUUGCAACUAAUUAUAUGUUUGCUACUACGAGUUCCUUAUCAUCCGACCUAGACCGGCCGAGGGAUCAUCCGUAUGGACUAACAUAUCCUCUUAACGGCCCUGACGGUGCCUUGCAAGACGGCAAGAUUUACGCCCACAUUCGGAAGUCACAAUUUAAAUUACCCACGUCUUCGUCUUCCAGUAUCAUCAUGAUUGCUGCUGGUACCGGGGUUGCGCCUUUCCGAGGAUUUUUGCAUGAGCGUAGCCGACUGAAAACCAUGGGACGAGAGGUCGGUCGAACGAUUCUCUAUUAUGGCUGCCGCCGACCCAACGAAGAUGAUUUGUACUCGGAUGAGUUUUCAACUCUGAAAGAAAUAAUGGGGAAUAAUCUACAGAUCAUAAACGUAUUCUCACGAGAGAAUCCAGAGCGUAAAGUAUAUGUGCAAGACCGUAUCAUGGAACACACCGACGAUUUGUUUAACCUAUUGGUUAACGAGGACGCUUACUUGUACAUUUGUGGCUCCGCAAAGAUGGCCCGGGAUGUUACCAUAAAAAUAGGGGAAACUUUGAAGGAAAUGUCCUGUUGGAAUGAUGUGGAACUUCGCUCUUGGAUGGAAGGGCAAAAGAAGCACGGUAGAUGGCAGGAGGAUGUCUGGGGCUGA